GAGAGAGAGAGAGAGAGAGAGAGAGAGAGAGAGAGAGAGGGGGGAAGAUGGUGGGAAUUCUUUUUCUUGGUCUGGUGUUGCUGUUCCUCUUAAUUUGCUGUGGAAUACUGAGAUUGAAUGAGCUGAGGUACAGGAAAAAGAGACUUCCUCCAGGAGCAAUGGGAUGGCCAAUCUUUGGUGAGACUACAGAGUUUCUGAGGCAAGGUCCCAGCUUCAUGAAGAACCAGAGAGCAAGAUAUGGGAAUGUGUUCAAAUCACACAUAUUGGGAUGCCCAACAGUGGUGUGCAUGGAACCAGAGCUGAAUAGGUACCUGCUAAUGAAUGAAGGGAAGGGAGUUGUGCCUGGAUAUCCUCAAUCUAUGUUAGACAUAAUGGGGAAAUGGAACAUUGCUGCAGUUAAUGGACUUCUUCAUAAGGUUAUGAGGGGCUCUAUGCUUGGAUUAAUCAGCCCUAAUAUGAUCAAGGAUAAGCUAUUAUCAAAGAUUGAUGAGCAUAUGGUCGCCUUUCUUUGUGAUUGGAAUGGCCAAGUUGUUGAUAUUCAACAAAAGACCAAAGAGAUGUGGCUGCUCUCAGCACUGAAACUGAUAGCUGGAAUUGAAAAAAGUCCACUUUCAGAAUCUCUAAUGACAGAAAUCUAUAAGCUUCUAGCAGGGACUCUCUCAUUGCCAUUCAACUUUCCUGGCACUAACUAUUAUCGAGGCCUUCAAGCGAGGAAGAAGAUUAUCUCCAUGCUGAAAAAUAUUAUCAAACAGAAAAGAAGGGGCUCAGAUUGUUCUCCAGCUGAUAUGCUCGACUGUCUCCUUAGAAUGGAUUCUGAAAAUGAUGCAAAAUUAACUGAUGAACAGAUAAUAGAUACCAUUCUAACUUUAAUUUAUUCAGGAUUUGAGACAGUUUCUACUACUUCAAUGAUGGCUAUCAAAUAUCUUCAUGAUCAUCCACAAGUUCUUGAAGAAUUAAGGAAUGAACAUUUCGAAAUAAGAAAGAACAAAGCGUCUGACUAUAAGAUUGAUUGGAAUGACUAUAAAUCUAUGGAGUUUACACGCGCAGUUAUAUGUGAAACUCUUAGAUUAGCCACAGUAGUUAAUGGAGUGCUAAGGAAGACAACAAAAGAUAUGGAAUUAAAAGGUUAUAUCAUUCCAGAAGGGUGGAAGAUAUAUCUGUAUAUAAGGGAGAUAAACUAUGAUCCACUAAUGUAUGAUGAACCUUUAUCAUUUAAUCCAUGGAGAUGGAUGAACAAGAACAUGGAGUCUCAUCAGUAUUUCCUUACAUUUGGAGGAGGUGGAAGGCUAUGCCCAGGGAUACAAAUUUCCAUAUUUCUUCACUACUUUGUGACUAGAUAUAGAUGGGAGGAAAUUGGAGGAGAGAAAUUGCUGAAAUUUCCAAGAGUUGAAGCACCAAAUGGAUUUCACAUUCGAAUUUGGGACAACUGAAUACAUAUUAUAUUAUUACCACUAUAGCCUUGCAGAAAGUAAUGAGGAUGAAAAUCUCACUUGCCCACUUUUUUUCAUUCCUAAAUAAUAAAUCAAUAAUAUAAGUAAUAAGCAAUCAGAUCUUUGAAUAUCGUCUUUCAUUGUCGCCAAGGACCUAUUGGAUUGGCCCCCCGUUAAAUACUAAGACUGAGUUUAGAAUUUUUACUGACUUGGGUUGAUCAACAUAGGAACUUCAUUGCAAUGUGGGGCCAUUUUAGGGCGGUUGAAUGCUAAAAGUUUAGGUAAUUUAUUCUGAUAUAGUUUAGUAGAACCUUCUAAAAUAGCACGAUAAAACAUUAUUAAUGACUAUCAUGUGAUUUCGAAAAAUUAAGAGGUCGUUUACUAGCUGAAAAAAAA